CAUAUCACAGCAGCUGUUGAUAUGUAUUUCCGAAGGCUUAUCAUAAGAGGUUAGGAAAUAAUAAUAUAAUAAAAAAGGAGGGAAACGGAAAAACAGCUUAAUGAUAAUCUUUGAAAAUGUAUAAAAUAUAAAUUGAUACUGGAUUUAUAAGAAUACUAUAAUUAAUUAUUAUUAUAUUAUAUUAUAGUAAUAAAAAUUAUGCUUUUAUUUUUUAAGUUUAAUAACAAACAACAGUAAAUCAGAACAAACAUUUAGUUAUCUGAGUAAUACUACAGUAUUACUCGAAUUCUGAAAGAAUUAUUUAUAUUAUAUUAUUCGUUCUAUGAUGGGAACAAUAGGAGACGACAAUGCUAUUGAAGUUGAAUUCAUUAGUGACAAAGCAGUUACACACUUAAUAAAAGAUAGUUCUAUACUAGGGUCUUCUAAAAGAAAAGUGUCUUUUGCGUCUAGUCGAUCAAAUAAGGUAACAGAUUCAAAAACGAAAUCGGAAAUUCAACAUAAUUCAAGAAAAUCUUUAAGAACUAAACGAGUUGAUUAUACUACACCAGAUAGCAAUAACAGUGAUGAAGCCAAUAGUGAUAUUGAGCUGGCUUCUACAUCAAAACCAAGAGCAUUAUUCAAUGAUGGAGACGUACCCGGUGCAUGUAUGUUCAGUUUUAAUUCGUCAAAAAAGAAAAAAACAUCUACAAGUCAAAUAGAUCUUAAAAAAACACCAAAAAGUGCUAGAAAAAUAAAUGAAAAAACAGAAAAAAGAACUUCGAGUAUUCAACCUAAAGCCUUGUUUGAUGAUGACGACGACGAUGAAGAUAGUGAUGAAACAAAGAGUGACAAAACUAAAAAUAAUAAAACGUCAAAAGUUAAAUUCGAAAAACCUAACAGCUCCAGCUUUGGUUUUGAGACACCUAAGAAAUCAAAAAACUCUCAUACUCCUAAAAAAUCUAAUAAUACUCCAAGCAUUGAACAAAAGUCAAACUCCGAUAAUUUAUUGACGAAAACACCUCGAAUUAUUAGGAAAAAAAUUGCCAAAGAAAUCGCUUUACAGAAACUAGAACAACUAAGUGAACUAAAUGAUUCAGAUUAUAGUGUCAGUGAAAAAAGUGAUGAAAGCGAUAGUGAUUCUAGUGUUCAUUCCGAAACAAAAAAAAUACAGCCAGAAAUUAAUACAAAUUUAAGAAGAUCAACUAGGAAGAAAGAAGUGCCUUUUAUGUACAAAGCAGAAGAAUACUUUUUAUCAAAAUCAGUCAAAUCAAUGAAGAAAUCUAAAACAUCAGAUAAUACAUUGAAAUUAUUGAAAAACCCAACAUUAAAUAAAUGUCAAAUUGAACAGUUAUCUGUUAAUUCUAAUAUUAUCCAUGAGAAAAAAUUACAUUAUUUGUACAAAGGAAUUACUGAAAAAUUCCCCUAUUGGAAAUGUUUAUUAAAAGAAGGUUUUAAUUUAUUACUUUACGGAUUUGGCUCAAAAAGACAAUUUAUUGAUGACUUCAGAACAUCUAUGUUGGAAAAUGAAUUUAUACUAGUUAUUAAUGGAUUUUUUCCGGGAUUGACAAUAAAAGAAAUAUUGGAAUCUAUAAUAAUUGAUAUAUUGGAACUAGACAAUUGUCCCGGAAGUGCUGAACUCGCAGUGCAACAAAUCGAAGAGGUGCAAAAAUCUAGAAACUCUGAAUCAAUUUAUAUAUUAGUGCAUAACAUUGACGGAAUCUCACUGCAAAGUUACAAGGUUCAACAGGUAUUAUCUAGGAUUUGUUCGAUAAAGAACAUUCAUCUUAUAGCGUCUAUCGAUAGAGUAAAUGCAGCUUUGAUGUGGGACAACACUAAAUUGGGGGAUUACAAUUUUAUAUGGAUGGAUUGUACGAGUUUCAAUUCAUACACUGUUGAGACUAGUUUCAUGGAAUCUUUAAUGGUAAAAAAUACCGGAUCAACGCAUACAUUGUCAGCCCUUAGUAAUGUUUAUAAAUCUUUGACGUCAAAUUCAAAACGAAUUUUAUUAUUACUGAUAAAGGAUCGCAUUGAAAAUAAAAGUGAUAAAAGAUACGGAGGUGUUCCUUUUUCAAUUCUUUACGGAUGGUGUCGUCAACGGUUUUUAGUGAGUACCGAUUUAGCUUUAAGAAGUCAACUAACAGAAUUUGUUGACCAUGAAUUAGUCAAAUGGAAACGGGAUUCUGACGUGCUUCAAGUAUCUUUAGAUGUUGAUGUCCUCAUUCAAUUUUAUAAACAAAACGAAGAAGAUGAUGAAUAAAUAUACUUUUUAAUGAUAUUUUAAAUUAAUUUUUAUAUUUAAUUAUAUAUUUAUUCUUAGCAUAAUAUUAAUAUAUUAAAUAAAUAAUUCA